CCAUUUCCAUCCUAGGCACUGUUUCUAUUUCUGUGCCCAGUUCAUGUAAUUGCUUGGCACGCACUGCUAUUUAUGACUGGCGUCGUGCAUGUCACAUGCGCCCUCAGGACCCCGCAGUGAAGCGCCCCUUGGUCAGGAAGUUUGGAGCUGCUGACGCCUUCUCCGGUUGGAAGAGGUCUUGGAGACAGGGCUGGGGAGCUGUCGAGGCGAUUCCUUGGGAAUUCUCGUGUAGAAGUUCUUGGACAAUGUCCCGUUGUUGUGAUAACCUACUGUGGGAUGUAAGAAAACGUUCUAUUGGAUUGCAUGAACCAUCUGCUCUUCGUAUCAACUAUUUAGGAAGAAGAGAAUUUAUUCAACGACUUAAACUGGAAACAACUCUGAAUGUACAUGAUGGCUGUGUGAAUACAAUUUCUUGGAACAGUACAGGGGAAUACAUUCUUUCUGGCUCAGAUGACACCACUUUAGUAAUUUGUAAUCCUUACAAUAAAAAGGUAUUGACGCGAAUUCGUUCUAGUCACAGAGCUAACAUUUUUAGCGCAAAGUUCCUGCCACUUACAAAUGAUAAGCAAAUUAUAUCAUGCUCAGGAGAUGGAGUUAUUUGCUAUACAAAUCUUGAAAAAGAUGCAGAGACAAAUAGACAUUGCCAAUUUACUUGCCAUUAUGGAACUGCAUAUGAGAUCAUGACUGUACCAAAUGAUCCCUAUACGUUUCUUUCUUGUGGUGAAGAUGGCACUGUAAGGUGGUUUGAUGUUCGAAUGAAAACUAGUUGCACAAAAGAGGACUGUAAAGAUGAUAUUAUAAUCCAUUGCCGACGUGCAGCUACAUCAAUAGCUGUAUGUCCUUCAGCACCGUAUUACCUUGCAGUUGGAUGUUCAGAUAGUUCUGUGAAAAUAUAUGAUCGCCGUAUGCUUGGAACAGGCAAUUACUCAAAUCGUGGAAUUAUGGGAAUGUGUGUACGAUUUACACCCCCACAUCUUGCAAACAAAUCUUGUCGUGUCACCUCUCUGUGCUAUAGUGAAGAUGGGGCGGAGGUCCUUGUGAGCUACUCAUCAGAUUAUAUAUAUUUAUUUGAUCCAAAGGAAGAUGAAGCAAAAGAACUUAAGUUUACGUCGGUCAAUCAGAAGCGAGAAGAGGUACAACAACCUCCACUUAAGCGCCUCAGGUUAAGAGGAGACUGGUCAGAUACAGGACCCAGAUCAAGACCUGAAAGUGAACGAGAAAGAGAUGGUGACCAAGUAACAAAUGCUUCAUUAAUGCAAAGAAUGUCAGACAUGCUUUCAAGAUGGUUUGAAGAGGCAAGUGAAGUUGCUCAAAGAGGAAGAGGAAGAAAUCAAAACAGAGGUGGUCUACAGACAAACGCACCAGUAGACUCUACAAACACAAGUACAGAGUCGCAGGCAUCUGCAGUAUCAGAUAAGUCUGAUCUAAAUGUCAAUCCACCUCCCAUUAAUCUUGAUGAAAGUUCAUCUGCCGGAAGUAUGCAACAACAGUCAUCAUCUUCAUCGGAUAAAUCCAGUGCUCCUUCUGAUUCUACUUCUAUGAUUAGCAAACACCUUGGAUCUAUAUCACUUGAUGAAAGACCGGAAAAUGCUAUAUUCAGUCCAGAAACUGAGACAAGUGAACCUGUAUUACAAUUACACUACAGUACAAAAGGAACUACCACAAGUACAAUAAGACUGGACUUCACAGAUGAAUGGAGUAACACUGCAUCAAGUUCAGUGGCUGUGAAAGUUGGAUACACAAAUGAUUCUUCAACGCUUGAUCCUGCUCCAACUAAUGUAAUGGAAGCUGCAGCACAGUAUGAACCUGAUAAUCCGGAGAACAUCCCUAUUGAAAGCCAAAAGGCACCAAAUGCAGAAGUGCAUCUUGAAACGUCUCAGAAUCUGUUGCAGACAGAGCCUCAAACUGCAUCUUCUGAGAACUUUGAAGCAGAGAGUGAUGAUGACACAGUCCGGUUACCACCAAGAGUGCAGUCACAAAACAGAUUAAGUGUCGGAGGGCCUCCAGUAAGUGAUAGAUUAACAAGGAGAUCUGCUGCAGCUCGUAUUCAAGAGCUAUUUAGAAGAAGAAAAGAGCGAAAGGAGUUGGAAGAAAUAGACAUGCAAAACAUUCAACAGCCUCCUUCCAAACUUGUGUACAAGGGUCAUAGGAACUCACGAACUAUGAUUAAAGAAGCUGGUUUUUGGGGUAAGAACUUUGUCAUAAGUGGUUCUGACUGUGGUCACAUCUUCAUCUGGGAUCGACACACCACUGAGCAUUUAAUGCUCUUAGAAGCAGACAAUCAUGUUGUAAACUGUCUUCAACCACAUCCCUAUGACCCAAUUUUAGCAUCAUCUGGAAUAGACUACAACGUAAAGAUCUGGUCACCACUGGAACAAGACAAGUCUUUUAAUUGGGCACUUGCUGAAGAGGUUAUUUCACGUAAUGAAUUAAUGUUGGAGGAAACUCGAAACACUAUUACAGUGCCUGCCUCUUUCAUGCUCCGAAUGUUAGCUUCACUAAACCAUAUCAGAGCAGAUAGAGCAGAACAGAGAACAGAAGGUAUUGCUCAAGAUAAUUCUAGUGAAGAGGAGUGAGGCUGUUCACAUUAUAUGUACCUAACAUUUACAGAAUAUUAUUCUUUAUUGUUAAGUAUUGCUAAAAUAUGUACCAAAUAUUCACAGUUUUCUCUUUAUAAGUUUUAAGGAACAAAUUAUAUAACAAUUUUUUAAGGCUACUUUCGCACUUGCGGCAGGAGGAUUCCGGCAGGCAGUUCUGUAGUUGGAACUGCCUGCCAGAUCCGGCAAUCCGGACCCAAACGGAUGC